AUGGCUUUCAAGUGUUCUAACCGGACUCUUUGGACAACAGCUGAUGAAGAUGGCUACCCGUACUGGGUGGAAUUUGAAGACCGUCCAUUUGCAAAAGGCAACUCCAAGUUUAUGUACAAAGGAAGACUGAAUGGUAAAGGCCCUCGCUCGGGAGAUUACUGCACCCUUAAAGUAUUCAGGACGAUUGAUAUUGCUAAACAUGAGGACUGGAGUCUGUAUAAAAGUAGAGCCGAGAAGGCUAACAAACUGGCCGCACAAUUCAAUAAAUUGCUUGAUAAUCAAUACAAAGUGAAAUUUCUGGUUCCUGUUUUGGCCUUGAUUGAUAUUUCUUCAACCUGUACGGAUUGCAUUUAUUUCUUGAGCAACACGAAACGCAUCAGGUCAGAUGACUGUGUUGCUGUUGAACCUUAUGUUGGUGAUAAAUUCCGUAAGUUCUACCGUAACAGUCCUUUGAAAGGAGCCGAGCAUGCAUAUGUUCUGCAAGCUUUCAGUCAUUUCACUGCCUCGCAGACAGGGGAUACUCUUAUUUGUGGUCUGCAAGGGGAAGCCCAUGGUCCUGAGUUUGUGCUCACUAAUCCAAUAAUUCAUUCAGCAAAUCAAGAAUGGGGACCCAAAGACCAAGGCGCUGAAGGGUUUAAAAAGUUUUUUUCUGCCCAUAUCUGUAAUCAUAUUUGUCAGUCUCUUGAUUUGCCUGAGUACCUGGAGACAAUGUCGGUUUCUGGGGAGAUGGUGCAAGACACUGUUGAAGGUGAGACGAGCAAGAAGAUAAUUGAGACCUCUGAAACAUCAGAGAUUGAAACCAUGCCAAAGGAAGUACUUGUUUCAACUGACGAGGUCAAGGAGGAAGUCACACAUCCAGAUGUUGAACCUCUUCCUCCGGCUGACACUACCGAAGAGAUCAAAAAAACUCCUGCAAUUUUGCAGACCCCACCUAUGCGUCAUGAGGGACGUACGAUCGUUGCUCCUGUAUCAAUGGAAAUUUCCCUCAGCAGGAGCUCUUCUGUGACUGGGCCCCCUGUAUUUGUGGAAGAUAUUCCAGGUGAGAGUAUAAGUCGACCACUUGCUGAGUCUGUGAUACUUGAUGCCACGCCUAUUGAUGAUAUUACCCCCCAGCUGAGUGAUAGCCAAGAGGCUCUUCCACCUCCUUGUUCUGAGUAUCUGGGUCCAUUCACUCCUUGUAGAACAGUGAAUGAAUAUCUGGAAUUAAGAAAGAGUCAUGCAUCAUUUUCGCCAGGCUCUGAAUCCAUUCCCCUGAUAGACGAUGAGCUGGCUUGUGCUGAGAGCAAGAUGAAGGAAGUCCUUCCUCCACCAACUGACGACUUUGAGCCAACAAUAUCACCUUCAUUGAAUUCUUACCUGAAAGACAAGGAGAGCUUAGAAAUUAUCCCCCGUGCCAAUAUGGAUCUUGACUUGGAAUCUCGUCAAAGCAUUUCUGUCUUUGAAGAUAUCAUCCCUGCCCCAGAUCUCGGAUCCACAGACAACUCUCAAAUGCUCUCACCAAGAGAGAGCAUUACCCGUGAUAUGGAGAAGUUUGAAAGUCUUGUGAACACUCCGUGCGGAACGACAAGCCAGGAAAGUCUUGUGACAACACCAUGUGGAAGUAUCCGUCAAGAAGUUGAUUCACAGCCUAGCAUUGUCUCAACUCCAAAAGAUAGCGUGUCUCAUGAGUUUAUCCAGGUUUCUGAACUACCUCUUGAAUCUGCAGUAGAUUUACAGGUAAGCACUGAAAUUCCACCUGAUAUUGAAUCACAGGUAUGCUUGGUAUCAAUUCCCCCAGAUUGUAUGGACCACCAUUUAGAUACAUUAGAAAGCUUGGAAGCCAUGUCACCUGCUAGUGAAAAGUUAAGAUCUGUUGAAUUAAUGACUGAGCUGAAAUGGCCUUCAGCAGAACCUGGAGAAGAAUCUGUACCAUCUGGUGUGGAACCGGUUCUUGAAGAGCAGAUCAGUGCACAAGAAUUUUCUGAGACCAAAACCAUCCAGGAAACGGGUACGGAAAGUUUUGAAAGCUCCUCAUUGGACAAUGUAGAAGUUGAGGUGCCAAAGCCAGUGUGUGUGGAUACCAUAUCAUCUGACUUUAAGCAGAGUCUUGAGACAAUACCUGAAGGCAGCACUGAGAGUGACUCUGCUCAUAGCCUGGAAAAUGAGAGCCUUGCACCUGAGGUAUCGACAGAAGGUGAAUCUGCAGUUGGAACUAUGGAUAGCACUACGAUAGAAAGUCAAACGUCUGAAACAGUCUCUCAAGAGACCACUGGUGAAACAUCUCUACAGCCUGCUGGUGAAGCUACAGUCUCGCAAGAGACAACUGUCGAGACAUCUGCUGAGCCUGCUGGUGAAGCUACAGUCUCACAAGAGACAACCGUUGAAACAUCUGCUGAGCCUGCUGGUGAAGCUACAGUCUCGCAAGAGACAACUGUCGAGACAUCUGCUGAGCCUGCUGGUGAAGCUACAGUCUCACAAGAGACAACUGUCGAGACAUCUGCUGAGCCUGCUGGUGAAGCUACAGUCUCGCAAGAGACAACUGUCGAGACAUCUGCUGAGCCUGCUGGUGAAGCUACAAUGUCGCAAGAGACAACUGUCGAGACAUCUGCCGAGCCUGCCGGUGAAACUACAGCCACACAAGAGACAACUGUUGAGACAUCUGCUGGUGAAGCUGCAGUCUCCCAAGAGACAACUGUUGAAACAUCUGCUGAGCCAGCUGGUGAAGCUACAAUGUCACAAGAGACAACCGUUGAGACAUCUGCUGGUGGAGCUGCAGUCUCCCAAGAGACAACCGUUGAAACAUCUGCUGAGCCUGCUGGUGAAGCUGCAGUCCUACAAGAGACAACUGUCGAAACAUCUGCUGAGCCUGCUGGUGAAGCUACAGUCUCACAAGAGACAACUGUUGAAACAUCUGCUGAGCCUGCUGGUGGAGCUGCAGUCUCCCAAGAGACAACCAUUGAGACAUCUGCUGAGCCUGCUGGUGAAGCUGCAGUCUCCCAAGAGACAACUGUUGAGGCAUCUGCUGAGCCUGCUGGUGAAGCUGCAGUCUCCCAAGAGACAACCGUUGAGACAUCUGCUGAGCCUGCUGGUGAAGCUGCAGUCUCCCAAGAGACAACAGUUGAGACGUCUGCCGAGCCUACUGGUGAAGCUACAGUCUCACAUGAGACAACCAUUGAGACAUCUGCUGAGCCUGUGGGAGAAGCUACAAUCUCUCAAGAAACAACCAUUGAGACAUCUACUGAGCCUGCUGGUGAAGCUACAGUCUCACAUGAGACUACAGUUGAAACAUCUGCUGACCCUGCUGGUGAAGCUACAGUCUCGCAAGAGACUACAGUUGAGACAUCUGCCGAGCCUGCUGGUGAAGCUACUGUCUCUCAAGAAACAACCACUGAGACAUCUACUGAGGCUACUGGGGAUGCUACGGGAGAAUGUGUUGUAAGUCAUGUGAUCAGUGAACCAAUUGCCCAAGAACCUUAUAUUGGCCAAGAAAGAGCAAUGGGAGAAGUUAAUGUUAGCCAAAACACUGUAGUUGAAAGAACAGAGGAAGCCAAUAUUUGUCAGCAGACUGCAGUGGAAAGUACAAAUGAAACUUGUCUUGGACAAGACACUGUAUUAAACUCAACAAAUCAGAGUCCUGGAAAUUGCUGCCUUCUUCAGGACAAUGUGACCGAGUCAUUAGUCGAAACUAGAAAAGAUGGUGAUUUAAUUCAGGAGGCUGCUGUUGAAACUACUGCAGAAAGCAAUAUCUGUCAGAGUAGUGAAUUUGUAUCAACGUCUGGGACUGCAGAAGGAUAUUCCAGCCAAGAAGCUGUUGCAGAAGCAGCUAAUGAAGAAGGUUAUAUAUAUCAGGGUCCUGAAACAGGAACGACUGCAAAUGUUGCUGGAGAAACUUAUUGGGAGACUAGUGGGUCGGCUGUUGAAGCAACCAGUGGAUACAAAACAAGUCAUCAAGAUUUGCAAUUUGAACCAACAGUAUCUGUCCACACUAGCCAAAAUGGUGGAUUCAGUUCAGUGACUGAGACAAGAUCAUCCUGUUGUUCUAACGAAGAUCAAAGUUUCACUGGGAAAUAUGAUUAUGAUCCCAGCUCAAAUAUUUAUUCCCACUCUUCUGAAACAUUAUCAUACCCUACUGAAGCCAACAGAGCGACAACCAGUCAAGUAACAGACUCCUAUUUCUAUGGGGUCCCACCAGAAUACAAAAUCAGUGAAGAUUGUACGUCAUCCCAGUGGGAAUCCGGCUACCCACAGAGUUACCCCAAAAUGACCAUUGUCCCUGAUUUAGAUACAAUGGAAUAUGUUGAAACAAAAUGCUUGGACAGUGUCUACGAGGAACACGAUGUUCAGCAGGGAAUUGAAACAUUACCAAGAAGAAAGCUAACUUAUCUUGAGCCACAGGAAAGUCACGAAAUCAUAACUUUCAGAAUUAACAUCUCUCCAGAACAAACAACACCUGACCAAAGAUCAGAUGAGUGUGUUUACCAGAAUAUAGGUACGCUUUGCCAGCGUUCCAACUUGCAAGAAUCAAAUCUUAGCUCUGCUAACUACUGCACAACUUGUCAACCACAGGAAGCAUCGGAAAAUGUUGGGGAGACAAGUGGGCAAGAUUCAAGAUCUGUCAGCUCAUUUUCUUACCAUUAUUCACAAGACACAAACGACUGCACGGAAUCCAUGCCUCAAAGAAGUUGUGGCUACAGCAGUGAAGUUCAUCAGAGUGUUCCUGCCGACUGGAGCCCCACUCAGGCCGUCUGGGAUGAUGGCCAAUGUUCAACUUCACAGAAUUUGCAAACGACACCAAGAGAAAGAGUUGAUUCAGAAUUCGGCCCUAGUGUCUGA